GCAUCAAAACUUUUUGAUUGAAGUUUACGAUAGGCAGAGAUAAAUGAUGAUAUAUAUUAUUCUGUACAUAUUUUUUUAAACAGAAUUAUAAGAAUCUUCACUUUUCUGGGAAAAGCUUGGUCACGUCCAAUGAACCUCGGCUUAGACUUUUGAAACAUCCGCCACUUUGAAAGCAUCAUCAAAUUUUUGGUUUGCAUAGGUACUGAGAAAAGCCUAGACAUUCACUUGGGUAAAUUCAGUUACCUUCCCCUAUUUUAUACCAAUACUUACAACCGAACCAGACGCUUCUUGGUGUUUUAUACAUACUUUACCCAAGUGGACGAUCACCUUCCAUUACCGCUGCAUUAGCUUCCAUUAGUUUGUGGUUACAUCACGUGAAGGGUAGUGCCAUCUUGGAAUUUCAACCACGGCAAAGAUUUUGGCUACCUUGCAGAUACAUUCUACAUCUUAGUCUCAGAGAAUAUCCAGAAGAUAAAUUCGGCGAAAAUGGCGUCACCAUCCAAUCAAAAUGGAGCACCUCCAUCCUCCGUCAUGGAUGCAGUCCUAGUCCCCUCAAACGAAAUGCCUCUCAAUGCACAAAAAGUUGAAGAACUCGACUUCAACAAGUUCGCCGGUCGUCCUAUAACCGUUGACGAUCUUUUAAGUGGUAUGAACAAUAUGGGAUUCCAAGCAAGCUCCAUUGGUGAAGCUGUUCGAAUAAUAAAUGACAUGGUACGUAAUUCCUCUUGAAUCAGCAACACGAAAAUAACAUUCCCAGCGUGCAUGGCGUGAUCCGGAAACUUCAGAUCGUACCACUAUCUUCCUCGGAUAUACUUCCAAUUUAAUUUCAAGUGGACUUCGGGGCACUCUCCGCUACCUUGCUCAACACCGCCACAUUUCUGCUAUCGUCACCACUGCCGGCGGCGUUGAAGAAGACAUCAUCAAGUGUCUUGGUCCCACCUACAUGGGUUCAUUUUCUACUCCUGGAGCAGAUUUACGCGCCAAAGGCCAAAAUCGUAUUGGAAACCUUAUUGUCCCCAAUAACAACUAUUGCGCAUUCGAAGACUGGGUGAUGCCCAUUCUCGAUACCAUGCUUACCGAACAAGAAGAAUCGAAGAAAGAUCCCGACACCGAUAAUCACAUCCACUGGACUCCCAGUAAGAUUAUCAGGAGAUUGGGGAAAGAAAUCAAUAAUGAAGAGUCCUUACUUUAUUGGGCCUACAAAAAUGACAUCCCUAUUUUCUGCCCAGCUCUUACCGACGGAUCCCUCGGCGAUAUGCUUUAUUUCCACACCUUCAAAUCUUCUCCGGCUCAACUUCGUGUGGACCUCGUUGAAGAUAUCCGCAAGAUAAAUACUUUAGCCGUGCGAGCCAAACGAGCAGGUAUGAUUAUCCUAGGUGGAGGUGUAGUCAAACAUCACAUUGCGAAUGCAUGUCUUAUGAGAAAUGGAGCCGAGAGCGCGGUGUACAUUAAUACUGCACAGGAGUUUGAUGGAAGCGAUGCAGGGGCAAGACCAGAUGAGGCAGUUAGUUGGGGGAAAAUCAAAGUUGGAGCUGAUAGUGUCAAGGUGUAUGUCGAGGCAACUGCUUGUUUCCCAUUGAUAGUGGCAGGCACAUUUGCAAAAGAUCAAGAGCAUAGUGGAUCUCAAACGGCUCAGAAAUCUUCGCAAAAUUAAACAUAGAAUGAAAUAUGAUUUCAUAAAAUUCACAUCCCUAUGCAAAUAUUUUAU